AUGCCUACUCUCGUUCAAAGGCAACUAUCAACAACAACCACAUUAAAUCGACGUUCAAUUAAAACACAACAAAAUUCAGAUCCACUAAAAGCACGCUAUUUGAUAUCACAUAAAGUUGGCUCAGGUGGAUUUGCUGACGUUUAUGCUGGCAUAUGCAAAAAAAAUGGUCUACCCGUUGCAAUCAAAGUUAUCCCAAAGAAACGAAUGCGUGAAAUAACAACGCCUGAAGGCAAAUUACCACUUGAAGUUGUUUUAUUGAAACGCGUUGCUAAAGUGAAAAAUGUUAUUAAAUUAUAUGAAUAUUUUACUCAUAAUGAUCAACUUAUAAUUGUAUUAGAACGUCCUGAAUCAUGUUGCGACUUAUACGAUUUUAUAUCAGAACGUGGUGGUAUAGAUGAACGUUUAGCAAGAGAUUUUUUUAAACAAAGUGUACAAAUCUUACAAGAUGUACAUCGUUGUGGGGUAUUACAUCGAGAUGUCAAAGAUGAAAAUUUUCUUGUCGAUAUGAAAACUGGAGAAUUAUUAUUGAUUGAUUUUGGUUCUGGAGCUUUGUUACAUGAUGGAAUUUAUACAGAAUUUGAAGGUACUCAAGUUUAUUCUCCUCCAGAAUGGAUUACAUGUCGACGUUAUUUUGGUUUACCAGCAACAGUUUGGUCCUUAGGAAUUCUGCUUUAUGAUAUGGUAGUUGGAGAUAUACCAUUUACUGAUGAUUUACAAAUAAUAAAAUGUCAAUUGAAAUUUCCAGAACAUUUAUCUCAAGAAUGUAUCAAUUUGAUAACAUGUUGUUUAUCAAUUCGUUCUUCGGAACGACCAACUACUGAACAAUGUAUUCAAUCUGACUGGCUAAAACUGCCACAUUCACGUGAUUUACGUUUAGCAACAUCGUUACGUUUAAGAAAAGACACUGUAAAAUCGAAUGCUAGUUCAUUAGUAUCUAAUGGAUCUCGCGGUAAUUCAUCCUAA